UCCGCUCUCCUCCUCUUCUCCGAGGCUUUGGCCGGAGCUCCUGCUGUAGGUGGAGCUGGCUUUCCUGGAAUUGUCGGGCAACUUUUCCUGUUGUGCUUGCUACCUCUUGCUCAAUCUCUCGCCUAAUGACAGCUCUGCCGCAGGAUUACUGGGUUUGGGAAAACUUGUGCCAUCUGGAUGCGUGCUGCACGCCGGAGUCCAUGUUUAUUGCAUUUGUUAGCAACAGAUUUUUAUAAUUCAGGUCAGAGGUAUCCCUGAAGCAAAAAUGUCACGGCAAUGCAAAGUGGGGCGAAAUCCAUCGAUAGCUGGUCAGCUUCCCUGGAUUUUGCUGGCAUUCCUUCUUUGUUUUGCUUGAAAAUGGAAACACUAGAGUCUGAGCUGACCUGCCCAAUCUGCCUAGAGCUUUUUGAAGACCCACUGCUGCUGCCCUGUGCUCACAGUCUUUGUUUCAAUUGUGCCCAUCGAAUCCUGGUCUCCCAUUGCACCCCCAGCGAGUCUAUCCAGUCUAUCAGCGCCUUCCAGUGUCCAACUUGUCGCUAUGUCAUUACUCUCAACCAGAGAGGCCUAGAGGGACUGAAACGCAACGUGACCCUGCAGAACAUCAUAGACCGCUACCAGAAAGCCUCUCUAAGCGGGCCCAACUCACCUAACGAGACUCGUCGAGAGAGGGUAAACCCAGAGAGCAAAGCCAUGACAUUACCUACUGACCGGGUGCAGUGUCAGUUCUGUGAGCAGGACCCCCCGCAGGAUGCCGUGAAGACCUGCGUUACCUGCGAGGUAUCAUACUGUGAGGAGUGCCUCAAGGCCACCCACCCAAACAAGAAGCCUUUCACUGGGCACCGGCUGAUCGAACCUCUGCUGGACUCCCAUCUCCGGGGGCUCAUGUGUUUGGAGCAUGAGGAUGAGAAGGUCAAUAUGUACUGUGUGACAGAUGAACAGUUGAUAUGCGCCUUGUGCAAGCUUGUCGGUCGACAUCGAGACCAUCAAGUGGCAGCUCUCAGUGACCGGUAUGACAAACUCAAGCAAGCAUUGGACUCCAACCUCAGCAGUCUAAUCAAGAGGACCAGUGAAUUAGAAAGCAUGAUGGGAAAACUUAUUCAAACCUGCCAAAAUGUGGAGGUAAAUGCUUCUCGGCAAGAAAACAAGCUGCAGGAAGAGUGUGACCUACUGAUUAAUAUCAUACAGCAGCGAAGACAAAUUAUAGCUACAAAGAUAAAAGAGGGAAAGGCUAUAAGGCUGAGAAAGCUUGCUCAACAGAUAGCAGGUUGCAAGCAGUGCAUCGAGAGAUCGUCCUCCCUCAUCACUCAGGCUGACCAAACCCUCAAAGAGAGCGACCACGCCCGCUUUCUUCAGACGGCUAAAAGUAUCUGUGAGAGGGUAUCUAUGGCAACAGCAUCUUCUCAGAUACUUCUACCAGAAAUUAACCUUAAUGAUGCUUUUGAUACUUUUGCUCUGGACUUCACAAGAGAAAAGAAAAUGCUUGAGAGUUUAGAUUACCUCACAGCACCAAACCCACCAGCAAUUCGUGAGGAACUUUGUACAGCUUCUUAUGACACCAUCACCGUUCAUUGGACAUCGGAUGAUGAGUUUUCUGUUAUAUCAUAUGAACUGCAGUACGCCAUCUUCACCAGCCAGUCUAAUGUUGUCAGUCUGUGUAACUCUGUUGAUAGUUGGAUGAUUGUCCCAAACAUCAAGCAAAAUCAAUACACUGUACAUGGACUCCAGUGUGGUACCAACUACAUUUUUAUAGUAAAGGCCAUAAACCAGGCUGGAAGCCGCAGCAGCGCUCCAGGGAAACUCAAAACCAACAGUCAGCCAUUUAAAUUGGACCCAAAGUCUGCUCACCGGAAGCUAAGAGUGUCCCACGACAACCUUACAGUGGAGAGAGAUGAGACAUCAUCUAAAAAGAGCCACAGUCAGGACCGCUUCUCCAGUCACAGCAGCUAUGGAGUCACUGGGAAUGUCUACAUAGACAGCGGCCGCCAUUACUGGGAAGCUCUUAUUGGAGGCAGCACAUGGUUUGCCGUAGGAAUUGCUUACAAGUCUGCACCAAGACAUGAGUGGGUGGGGAAGAACUCUGCCUCCUGGGUACUCUCCCGCUGCAACAACUCAUGGGUGGUGCGUCACAACAGCAAGGAGAUCCCCAUCGAGCCUUCACCACACCUGAGGCGCCUUGGGAUACUUCUUGAUUACGAUUCAGGGUCUCUCUCCUUCUAUGAUGCUGUUGCUUCACAGCACUUGUACACGUUUGACAUUGACUUUGUUCAACCAGUCUGCCCGGUGUUCAAUGUUUGGAAUAGAUGUUUGACAGUUCUCAGUGGACUGCCCAUCCCUGAUCAUUUAGAGAGCAUGGACUUUAACCACUAAUUAACCAGCUCUUAGACUGAUUAAAUAGCUCAAGAUGCAAAAGUAUUCAUACACUUUAAACAUCCAUGUUGCAUUUUUGUGAUGACCACAAACUACAGUUUAUUGAGGUUUCAUCUGAUAGAUACAAUGAACUACAUCAUUGAAAGGGAUGGAAAAAAAGACAUUGCAGAUAAACUUCUAAAAAGGAUAGGAGGUAAUUGUAUUUAUGUCCCUUGAAUCAGUACUUUUUAGAACCAUGCUCAUGUGGGAAGUUUUCAUGGUUUAUGGUUGCAGCACUUUAGCGGCAAAUAUUUCUAUCAACUUUGAGGAUAUGCUUUUACAAAAUUGUCCAAGCUGAGAAAGAGUAGAUGGAACCGCUAAUAGGUUUUCUUCUAGAAUUUGUCCCUGUGUAUCUCUAUCCUUUCCCUCAAUGAACUCUGACGAGCUUCUCUAUUCCUGCUGUUCCCACAUUUGUAUGAGUGAAAAAUGCCAAUUAUGAUGUGCAGUUUUUCCUGCACACAUUCUGUAUUUAAGACAGGAAGGUAAAUGUUUGGGUUUCACGGCCUGCACAUCAUCUUCCAUAUGUUGCUCUUUUUGCUGAUAUUUUAUAUCUUUGAUUUAUUUAUUUCUAAUGUCUUUUUAUCUCCAACAUUUAGAUAAAGACAGAAUAUAAUGGGUACAAUAUCAAUAGAAUAUAAACCCCAGAUUCUGUUUAGUCUAUUCAGCUUAAAAAAAAUAUUAGCAUCUCAACAAAAUGGAUUUGUUCAAAAAAGCUGGCUUCGUCUACUGUUUUGGUUUUAAAACAUUCAAUUUGUAGUUGCAUAAUGAUUCAGAUAGGAAAUGUUAAAGCUCUAGAAAAAAAAAACAUUCUAUGCUGCAUUUAAACAACAAAAAUCUUAGUAGCAUUGAGAGCCUGAAUGCACGGUACAAAUUUAAUUUAGCCAGUAUCUAUUACAGUCCAAGCUGUUGUUGCUUAAUCGAUAAAGUGUAAAAGAAUACUGUAAUACUCUGCACACAGUCUAAUUGUAUUUACAGUUUAAGUAACUUCUGAAAGGAGUUACUUUUAAUCUAUUUAUUUUGGGCAAUCAGAUAAAUAAAGGCCCCAAUUUUCAUAUUGGAGGAAAAUUUGAAAAUUGUUUAUCAUUUUCCUUUUCAAUUAUGCACUCUUUUGUGUUAUUCUAUCAUAAAACAUCCAAAUAGAAAGGUUUGAAUUUCUUUGUAAAAUAAAAAUAAAAUGUGGAAAAGUUAAAGGUAUGAAUAUUUUUGCAAACCACUGUUAUUAAACUAGAUACAAGAUGAAAUAUGGCAAACGGGACUUAAUAAGCACAUUUUCAAAUCCAAUGGAAUAAUUUAAGGCCAUUUUAGGCAACUGUAAAUACUUUUUUUUUUUUGCUUUGCACAAUUAUCUAUAGGACUUUGCAGGAUGGAUUAGAAAUUUGUUUUAUAAUCUUAAAUUCAAGGCGAUAUUUUUAACGGGCUCAGGAGUAUUUUUGUAAUGUUUCAUUUUAUUGUUCUGUUUAUUCAUUAAGGAUGUUGAUGGGCGUUUUAUAUGCAAACUACAAAAGAGAAAUUUAACUUACAUGCUUUUUUAAAUAAUUUUUUUUGUAUUGUAACUGAUUUGUAUUAAAUGCCAGCACUUUGACAAGUUGUAACUCCAAAAUUCAUUGCCAAGCCAUUCCUGCCCGAAUAAAUGUUUUCCUUUGAUGUUUUAUUCUAAGUUUUAGUCAGAAUAGAGCAGCUUAAUUCACAUGGUCUGAUUGGAAAUUGAUUUAUUUGAAUAUUUAGUAGUAUUUAUUAUCACACUUUAGAAUCUCCUCACUUCAGCAGCUUCAAUGCUUUCAUUGCAGUUUUUAACAUUUCGGUAUCCUUUAAAAGGUGAAAUAAAAAACUCCAUGUAAUCAUC